AUGAGAAAAGAAUUGACUUUCGAGAUUGGAGAGAAAGUAUUUCUCAAAGUGGCACCGAUGAAGGAAAUACUACGAGUUGGAAAGAAAGGGAAACUAAGCCCUAGAUUUAUCGGUCCAUUUGAGAUUCUUGAAAAGAUUGGGAGUGUGGCAUAUCAUUUAGCAUUACCACCGGAACUUUCAGCAGUGCACAACGUAUUUCACAUUUCUAUGUUGAGAAAGUACAUUCCUGAUUCUAAUCAUGUGGUGAACGUUCAAUCACUGGAUGUGCAGAGUGAUAUGACGUAUGAAAAAGCUUCUGCAGUGAUGUUGGAGAGAAAGGACCAUGCCCUGAGAAAUCAAAAGGUUCCACUAGUCAAAGUCCAGUGGAGUAAACAUGAUGAGGAUGAGGCUACUUGGGAACGAGAAGAUGAUAUUUUAGCCAAGUACCCCAAUCUCAUUAAAACAAUUCUAGCCUUGUCCCCACUUGAGUUUUGUGUUCUGGAAAGUCAGGGUGGAUUUAUACUUUAUCUAGCUCUUCAACAUCGAAAUGGCAGGAAAAAUGGAGUACUUGAUGAAAUGUCAAUGGUACAGCUUUCAUUUCAUGGAUCCAAGGCAACAUGA